CAAGAACCCUAAACCCUACAAGCGCAAGAUGGAGUAGAAAUUUCGAUGCGGCGAUGCCGCCUUCGCAAGGCGGCGCUACCGAUCAUCGGCCACAACAGAAAUGUAAGCUUCCCUCUCGAUUUCCUCGAUCUCUCCCUCUCACUGCUGUUCUGGAACAAGCUAGGAGGAAGGUUUCUCUUCUCUGGAUUCGAAGAAGAAGAAGAAAGAAUCGAUCAUCCUUCACUAGUGGCGGCACUGAAAGCUUGCAGCGCCACCAAGGACCUCGAAUCCGGUAAGCGCAUCCAUUCCCCCAUUCUUGGAAGCGAUGGUAGCCAUUCGCCCGUGACCCAGGUCUCCAACGCGCUGAUAAGCAUGUAUGGGAAAUGCCACAGCAUGAUCGACGCGCGAUCCAUCUUCGACUCCAUGCCUCACAAGGACCUGGUGUCGUGGAACUCUCUGGCUUUCGGCUACGCUGUGAAUGGAGAGCCAGGCCGAGCUCUAGAGAUCCUUGGAGCGAUCCAAGCAAGCGGCACCCUCCAGCCCAAUGCCCGGACGUUCCUUGCGGCGCUCUUGGCUUGCUCCAGUCUAGCCGACGAGGAGAUCGCCAAGCUCGUCGAUGGGAAGCUCUUCAAGUCUUCGUGCUUGGAAAGAACAGUGGCAAUUCAUCUCGAGGCCGGGAAGCGUGGCUGCCUCGACGUUUACGUAUCAACUUCGCUGGUCGAUCUCUACGCGAAGUGUGGCAGCGUGUUGGAGGCUGCCCGGGUUUUCCACAGGAUGCCGAGCCACAGCGUCGUCUCCUGGAGCACGCUCAUACAGGGAUACGUAGAGAACCACGAGAACGAGGUGGCGCUGGGUUACUACGAGCUUAUGGGAGAUUCGAGGAUUCCACCCGACUGCCGGACUCACGUCGCUGCUCUGAUGGCUUGCUCGAGCUUGGCUCUGCGAGAGGAAGGCCGGGAAGUCAAUGGAAAGGUGGUGAAGACGCAGGCGCUGGAGAAGGGAAUGGCUGUUCACUCUCGGAUUGACAAGCUCGAGUGUACAUCGGACGUGAUCCUGGCAAGCACGGUGGUCCAUUUCUAUGCAAAGUGUGGGAGGCUGGAGGACGCCGGCGCAGUGUUUGAGGCAAUGCUGCGGCACGACGAGAUCUCCUGGAACACUCUGAUCAUGGGAUACGUGGAAAACGGGGAGUACGAGCUAGCUUUGGAGCUUUUCUCGAGAAUGAGGCUGGAGAAAUGCUCGUCUAGUCGAGCGACUGUUGCCGUUCUCAUGGCCUGUGCGAGUUUAGCAGCGAGAGAGCAAGGCAAAGAACUGGACGGGAUGUUUGUGAAGGCGGAGUGUUUGCAGAAGGGGAUGGAAAUCCACAGGGAAGCUGUAGUCAGUGGCUGUGACUCGGACGGCUUCGUGGCAAGCUCGCUGGUGGAUAUGUAUGCCAAGUGUGGAAGCAUGAAGGAUGCUCGAGCGGCUUUUGACAGGAUGGCCUAUCACGACGUCGUGUCGUGGACAACAUUGAUACUAGGAUACGCAGAGAAUGGUCUGGGGGAACUGGCUCUGGAUCUCUUCUCACAGAUGACUUCCGGGGCUCCAAACCAUCUCACGUACGUUGCUGCGCUGGUGGCAUGCGGGAACUUAUCAGCUCUGGACAGUGGAAGGAAGAUCCACAGCAGGAUACUUCGUUCGGGGCUUGAGACCGAGGUGGUCGUGGAGAGCAGCCUAGUGGAUUUCUACUGCAAGUGUGGCAGCAUGGACACCGCCGAGAGUGUGUUCUUCUCAAUGCAGACGAAGAGAUUGGUUACUUGGAGCGCGUUGAUAGCAGGAUAUAGCAGGCAAGGUGACACACUCCCCAUGUUUGAUCACUUUCGGAAGCUCCGGGACGAAGGCUUACAACCAAAUGGGAUCACAGUUCUGUCCGUUCUCACCGCUUGCAGCCAUGCCGGCCUAGUUGACAAGGGGAAGAAGAUCUUCAACUCAAUGCUCGCGGAGUUUGGCGUGAAGCCGGAGAUCGACCACUAUCACUGCAUAGUCGAUCUUCUGAGCCGGGCCAACCGUCUCGAAGAGGCAGUCGAGCUUGUGCAAAGCUUGCGUUGCGAAGACAGCUAUUUGGCAUGGACAACCAUCUUGAGUGGAGCUUGCAAGUGGAACAACUUACAGGUUGGGGAGAAGGCUUUUCAGUCUCUGAUGAAGCUCGAGGAUCGAGAUGACGAUGCUGCUUGCGUGCUUAUGGGAAACCUCUAUGGACGUGCUGGGCUCUGGGAGAGGCGUGCUCAAUUACUCGAGUGCAAUGCUAAGAGAAAGAACUGAAGUUUAUACUUUAAGCUCCGAGUGGUCAGCUCGUCGGCAUCAUCGUCGUCGUCCUGGUAAACCUUGCUGAUGAUCGGAUUGCAAACGUCUUCUAGCUCUUUGAGUUGCUCCUCAAAAGCUUCCUUGUCCGCCGUUUCGUUGUUGUCAUCCAGCCACUCGUGAGCCUCCUUGAUUGCCGACUCAAUCUUCUCCUUGUCAUCGCUGUCGAUCUUGUCCCUCAGCUUGUCCUGGUCGCUUCAUGUUGUACAGAUAUGCCUCCAUGGCAUCGAUUUUCUCCCUCAGCUCUUGGUCCUCUCUCGCGUUCUCUUCCGCUUCCUCUAUCAUCCUCUUGAUCUCCGCCUCGGUCAGCCGGUUCUUAUCGUUCGUGAUGGUAAUCUUUUCCUCCUUACCUCGUCCUAUAGAGCCGUAGCGUCCACGACCAAAACGUCUGAAUGAACAAAGAGCGUUUGGACAGCCGCACCGUAAGCCACAGCCUCGUCCGGAUUCACUCCCUUGCUGGGCUCCUUACCAUCGAAAAAGUCCUUGAGCAUCUGCUGGAUCUUGGGAAUUCGAGUGCUCCCUCCGACCAGAACGAUCUCGUCAAUCUCACUCUUCUUGAGCUUGGCAUCCUCGAGAGCCGCCUUCACGGGUGCCAUCGUCUUCUUGAAGAGGCCCGCGUUGAGCUCCUCGAACCUGGCCCGGGUGAGCGUCUCGGUGAGGUCGAUGCCAUCGAUAAGCGACUCGAUCUCCACUCGGACUUGGUGCUGGCUGCUCAGUGCCCGCUUGCUCCUCUCCACCUCACGGCGGAGCUUGGCCAGAGCCCGCGGCUCCUGGCUUAUAUCCCUUUGAUACUUCUUCUUGACGAGCUUGAUAAAGUAGUCUAUCAGCCUUUGAUC